CCACCCUCGGCUCCCCCCAUCCUCUCUUCCAGCCACUUUGGUGUUUUCCUCUGGCGUUCCCGUUUUAGAUCAGGGAUCCAACAUUGCCCCAAAUCAGGCCAAAAACAUAACACACGUAUCCAAGCUGUGUCGCUUUCGUUUCUUUCCACAACCACUCUUUGCUUUUCCUUUCUCUCCAAGUUUUCCACUACUUGCCUCCCCGCCGUCCAUUCAAUAAUCCUAGCAAAUCCGUCUUCAUCGCCUACUAUCUGCCCCCACACGCUCUUUCUUAUCACCUUCCUUCUCCCCCCACACGCUCUUUCUUAUCAUCUCUCUUCUCCUCCAUUAUUGGUCGCAAAUCCAGAGUACAAGCACUCUUUAACAAUUUAAAUAAUGAUAUGCUUUCUUCGACAUCCCCUGCUUUCCAUAGCUGCUUUGGCUCUCUUUUCCAAAGUCGUGCUAGGCCUUUCAUUCACCUUAGAAAAUACGAGUCCAAAACAGUGUGAGGAGGUUGAGAUUACAUGGUCAGGGGGUCAGUCGCCAUGGAGCUUGACGAUUAUACCGGCAUAUGACUACCCCACGACAGUGUCGAUACCAAGCUCCAGUUACGACAGCGAUACAAAUACAGGAUCGUAUAAUUGGACAGUGAAUUAUCCGUCUGGAACAAGUUUCGUCAUCAUGAUGUCUGAUGGCAGCGGUACAGGCACUGGAGGUGUCUCUCCCCUGUACACAGUAUCCGGAACAUCUACUUCAUCUUGUACCCUUCGAUCUACAUCCACAGACUUCUUUUUCUAUCUGAAUGAAACAUCCCUCACUCAAUGUGAAUCGGUUGACAUUUAUUGGGACUCUAGCGCUGUCUCUCCUGUUUCCAUUCUCGGGGCUAUUCCCGGAGGUCAAGUAUUCCAGCUUGUCUCCGCGAAUGGGGCCACAACUUCGCUGGUCUGGAAUACCAACAUCCAAUCUGGGACAGAAGUUAUUUUCGCCGCCUUUGAUUCGGGGACUUACCAGCAAGGCGGUUCAAGCGACCUCUUGACUAUCGGAGGGUCAUCGGACAGCUCUUGUAUCGAUAGUUCCUCCCCUUCUUCAACUUCCUCAGCCUCACAUGCCACGCAAACCGGUACUUUAGCAAAUUCAAGUAGUGGAACUAAGACAAGCGCUGGUGGAGUUAAAACAGUGACAGCUAUUACGACUGAGACGGCAAGUCCUGGUGGUGGUGCCGGCUUAUCAACUGGUGCUAUCGUGGGCAUCGUGGUGUCCGCGGUUUUGGCAGUGGCCGUUCUUCAAAUCGCUCUCGUCUGGUUUUGCUGCCGUCGUCAAAUUAAAGCUCUCAUAUACCAUCGUCGGGAGAUGCGAGGGCAAGAAGUAAAGCCCGGCGGGGAUGUCGACUUGGGCCUUGCUUCGCGCAACUCUUACUCGUCAGUAAUGGGCUCUGACCAGAGGCCCAUGACCGGCGACUAUGCCACUGAGGCCGCUCGUAGCAGUCGUUACAGUAACGCUGCUCACUCUGGAGUCCCCCGCUCCGGUUCUGGUGACGACUUUGAUGCUGUUUCGUCCAUCUCACCCUUCUGGGACGGCGCGGCGGCUGUUCCGCCUCGCUCAAACUCAAUCGCCUCUAUGGUAGCGUCCAGUCGACCCCCAACAAUUGGCGCUCUUGGGUUUGAUUCUGAUGCAGAUUCACUUGUGCCCCCGCGCGCCCUUACUCUACACGACCGCGGCCGAAACGACUCUCUUUCGAGCUCUAGCAUCUUUAUUCCCGAGACAAUAGGAGAAGGAGGAGGCUAUCCCUCUCCGGCUAUUUCUCAUACAACUCUUUCGCCUCUUGUGCCUGGCUCUCCUAAUUUGGCCGCCACAGGCUCAAAUACUACCAACAGGAACAUGACAAAGGCGCAAAUGGCAACUUCACUGAAUGCCCACAACCCCGAUGAAUCGGCCCCCACAGGAGACGACUUUGGGACGCGUUUACCGCCUCAGCAUGCACCGACAGGCGGAUUCAGAAGGCACGAAGAUGCGGGUAGGAUAGACGCGCCGCCUCCAGAUGAAGAAAGCGUAGAGGAUCUGCCGCCAAUGUAUAUGCCAGAAUGGGAGAACGACAGCCAGCGGCAGACUUAGGAUGCAAGGUCUGAAAGAGUUGAAUUGUUAUAUAUAAGUACAAAUAUCAAGUCCUUGGCGGGAUAGUUUCUAGAUGGAUAUUUAAGAUGAGAACAUUUAUAGUAGUACUCUUUGUAGCUAUCAUAUUUUACGACCAACGUUAUGUCAUGAACAUGUUGCGGCGA